AUGAAAGGGAUUGCGUUAAGUAACCGCAUUGAAAUAUAUCCAAAUAAAACUGCUGAAAUCAAGCCGGAACACACACCAGAAGCAUACAAAGAUAUUUCCUCAAUGGGGUUCAAUACUGUCCGGAUGUAUUUGCAUUAUUUAAUGUUUGAGAGUGACCUUUCUCCAUAUCAAUACAAAGAGAGUGGGUUUGCUUGGCUCGACACUGAAAUAGCUGAAGCAAAGAAGAAUAAUAUUCGACUUCUUCUUAACUUCCAUAUUCCACAAGGAGGGUAUCUCUCUAAAUGUGCGGGCACUCUCUUUGACAACAAAAACGAUGAACAGAAUCGCCUGAUAGCCCUUUGGCGAUAUAUAGCGAAGAGGUAUUGUAAUGAAGAAGGUAUAGCCGGGUAUGAUCCUGUUAAUGAACCUUGUUUAAGGUUUAAUCAGACAGAAGAGAAUACAUAUGAGCAGUUGAAUACCUUUUACUCCAAGUUAAUAAAGACCAUUCGAGAAGUCGAUAACCACCACAUGUUGUCUUUGGAACCAGCCAAAAGAUAUACAAAAGACGGUGCGAUGUACACAAUAGUAAAUUGGAAUAUCUUAUUUAAAGUAGAAGACAAUAACUGGAACAUCCAAUAUCACGAUUACACCCCAGGGUGGUACACCUUUCAAGGAAUGCCAGGUAAUCCAAUGAAUGACGAGUAUUAUUGGCCAAACACUCACAAUAUAAACUAUGGAGGGAAGGACGUCUAUGCAUACACAAUAAGUAAAGAAGUUGCUGAUAUUACUAAAAGUAUUUGGGUACAGAAGAAGCUCAAUUGGAAUGCCAAAGACACUGAAUUUGUCAGGAACACAUAUUGGGUCGCUUUGAAAUUUGUGAAUGGAAUUAACACAUGCGUGACUGUUGAUAACAUCAAAGUCAAUGAUUACUUUAGUAAUAAUACAAUAGAUUAUACCUGGCAAUUCAAUUUCGAGAAGGUAAGUACAAAUGCAACAUUUAAAGUCUUUUCGAGUACUGGUAAUAACAAUAACUUAUUAUAUGGUAAUUAUGGUGUAGAUAACACUUUCGGAUGGAAAAUGACAAUCAAUGGAAAUGCUACGAUUGUUCUUGAUCAUCCAUUCUUACCUAUUGAAGGACACAUUUAUGUCAUAACUAUGGACUUAAAAGUAGUGAGCGCGACAAACGAAGUUGCUUUCAUUGUUGAUGUCCAUAACAACAGUUGGGCUUAUGGCGGUGGGUAUGAAUCGCUUGAUAUAUCUACAAGGUCUAUACAAACAUAUGAAGCUUUUUUUGGCGUUCCAGUCUUCAUUGGGGAGUUCGGAGCCAAUUUCAGAAUGUUUGAAAACAACAAAGGAGGUGAAAAUUGGGUCACAGAUAUUAUUGACACUUUCGUGAAGUACAAAUUAAGUUACAAUUAUCACAUCUAUCACGAACAAUGCUUUGGACUGUAUAACACUUCAGACACAUUGGCACCUGGUGAGGGAAGAAUGGAAUUGCUAUAUAAUGCAUUUAUGGAGUCUGUUAAGAAAACACCUGUACUAGAUGGGGUAUAUAAUGACUCUGAUUGGUAUGACAACGAAUCUGGGUGUUCUGCGAUUGUUGUCAUCACAUUUGGUAUCCUUUUCUUUUUCUAUUGA